CUUUCAUAUUUCGAUUUCAACAUACACUGAAACCCUAGCCACAUGAUGAUCAAGAACGAAGAGAAGAUGAGAGUAAGGAUUGCGAAGGAGAGAUCUGACUUAUGCGACUUGACUGCUGCUGCAAUUAAGGCUACUUACAACACACGGAACCCAUGCGAAGUCGAGAGAUGCAUCGAUGUGUUGAAGCACUUGAAGUCUCUGUCUCUUUCCGCGAAGGAUAUAGAAUUGUCUGAAUCAAUAGUUAAGCUGGAUCCUUUGAGAAGCCAUAGGAACCCUAGGAUCCGUAAGGAAGCUCAAGCCUUGUUUCAUUCAUGGUUGAAGACAUUCUACACAAACGGAAGCGACAACUCUUUCGAUGUUACCAAGGCUCGUUUGAAGACGAAGAAGCAUAAAGAGGAUCAUAAAGCUAAGGCUUGUGACGAGAAAUAUGUUAAGGAAGAGACAAAGACCAAUCUAAAGCCGCUCAACGUGAAGACAAGACGUGUCGCUUUGGAGGAUGUUACGACGAAGAAGCCACGUGAAGAUGUUACAUGCAUACUAAGUUCUGGUGCAUGUAUAAAGAAGACUAUAACAGAUAAAAAGGAGCUGAAGAACAAGAAAGUGGACGAGAUGGUGAAGUUGUUCGAAGAAGCAAAGAAAGCUGCUGAUGUGGCCAACGCUAAGGGCGUUCUCUCAGGUAAAGCAGAGGCGUCUCGCUGCGUUGAGGCUCUCUCGUUACUGAUGAACAUCAAUAUUACUCCAAAACCAAAAGAACCAAGGAGGAUGAUGGAUAAGCUUGAGGGACUUACAAAACAUAAAGACCGCAAGAUUUGCCAUGCUGCAUCAGCCCUUCUUCACCUUUGGAGACAGAGGAUCAGAGAACAAGAACGUAAAGAGUCAUCUACCAAGACGUUUCCUAACAACUUUCGUAAAUCUCAUUAGAUAUGUCAUUUGUACGCAUUGUAUUGUUGAGUGAUGAGCAAGUAUACUAGUGGAUUUCCGGGAUGUUAAUUACAU